AUGCUGGUCGACUUGCUUGACUUCGAAAGCUCCUUGGUGCCAGAGCUGUUUGAUGCUUGCAGAAACCGGCAGUUCCCCGUCAUUGUUGUGGUCAACAAGGUGGACUGCUUGCUUGACGCCAUGCACGGCAACCGGGAGAAGGGUCUGGACCGGCUGAAGAUUUGGGUCCGAAGAAUGUCACGGCAAAUCCGCAACGUCCAUGCUAGCGACGUUAUACUUGUCAGCUCACACAGCGCCCUUGGCUUUAAGCAGCUGGAAGAGCGAUUGAGGCAUCACCUGGAGCCCGAGGAUCCCAGAUGGAUGUAUGUGGUUGGAAGAGUCAACUGCGGCAAGUCUACCUUCGUGAACCGCUUCCUCCACUACGUGGGUUACAGGCACCAGGGCGCGGUGCACUACAAGCGCGCAGUGGGGGGUGUCACAAGGUCACCAGUGCCCGGCACAACACUCCACUUUAUAUCCUUCGGCUUGCCAAAGGGCUUCCGCCUUGUGGACACUCCUGGAAUUCCAUCGAAGUACCAGGUGACAGGACGACUGCAAGAAGCUAUUGAUUUGUAUGGUGUCGUUCCCAGAAGACGCGUCAAUGCGAUUUCCUACGCACUUCACACAGGUCGCUCCUUCCUAGCUGGUGCCCUUGUGCGCAUCGACCAGGUGCAGGGAAAUAUCAGCUUUCUGACCUCUUUCUUCAGCCUUGGUGUAACUUUGCAUGUGAGUCAGACAUGCAAAGUGGAGGACUUGAUGAAGAGGAAAGCCGGUGACUUCUUCUAUCCACCGCACAGUCGUGAAGAUUGUGAGCAGCUGCAACCACUUGUGCGACACCGGGUGGAGGUUUUUGGAAGCAGCGACCGAGCGUGGGACGAUCUCGUCAUCGCUGGCAUGGGCCUUGGUCGACAUGCAAGAGCUGGAACUUCCGCCCGGGUACAACGUGGCUGA